CUCGCCAUGUCGUCGACUCCGGGCAAUGGGGAACACUGGGAGUCCCUGGAGUCCGUGGGCAUCAGCCGCAAAGAGCUGGCCAUGGCCGAAGCCCUGCAGAUGGAGUAUGAUGCUCUGUCCCGGCUCCGGCAUGACAAGGAGGAGAACAGAACCAAGCAGACCACAGACCCCUCUCUCAUCGCGUGGGAGGAGCCCGCCCUGGACUUCUACAGCAAGCCGGCAGGAAGGCAGAAGGACCUCAAGCUCUUACGCGGUCUCUCUGGCUCGGAUCCUACCCUCAAUUACAACUCACUCUCCCCACAGGAAGGGCUGCCCAACCACUCUACCUCCCCGGGCUCCCAGCCUGGCCCAGAUCCCUGGCCCAAAGGCUCCCUGGCUGGAGACUAUCUUUACAUAUUUGAUGGUUCAGAUGGGGGACUCUCUUUGUCGCCAAGACCGGGGGAUAUAGAUGGCUCUUCUAAGAAACUGUCCCCACCUCCUCUGCCUCCUCGAGUCUCUAUCUGGGACACCCCUCCCCUGCCUCCCAGGAAGAGGGCCCCGUCUUCCUCCAAGAUCUCCCCGCCCAAUGACAUCAACACUUUUUCUUUGGUCGAGCAGCCUCCAGGCAAAUUGCUGGGGCGUCAGAUCUUAGAAGAAGAGGAGCCAAGAAGUGGGGGGACUGGGCGCCUACUGGGGUCUGUGGACUACGAUGGCAUCAAUGAUGCGAUCACACGGCUCAACUUGAAGUCAACCUACGAUGCAGAGAUGGUGCGGGAUGCCACCAGGGGCUGGAAGGAGGGCCGGGGGCCCUUGGACUUUGGCAAGGACAUCCCCGGAAAACCCGUGGCCCGGAGUAAGACCAUGCCCCCGCAGGUGCCCCCCCGCACCUAUGUCUCUCGCUGUGCCAACCGGAAAAAUGCGACGCCUGGCAAGAACCACCGGAUUUCUGCUGCCUCGGUGGGCUCCCGGCCGCACGCCGUCGCCAAUGGCCAUGAGUUGUUUGAGGUGUCAGAGGAGAGAGAUGAGGAAGUUGCUGCCUUUUGCCACAUGCUGGAUGUCCUCCGAUCUGGCUCCGAUGUCCAAGACUACUUCCUCACUGGGUACGUCUGGAGCGCUGUCACCCCGAGCCCCGAGCACCUUGGGGAUGAGGUCAACCUGAAGGUGACGGUGUUGUGUGACAGCCUGCAGGAGCCACUCACUUUUACCUGCAACUGUUCCUCCACUGUGGACUUGCUCAUCUACCAGACCCUGUGCUACACCCAGGACGAACUGCGGGGUGUGGAUGUGGGCGACUUUGUGCUGAAGCCCUGUGGGCUGGAGGAGUUCCUGCAGAACAAGCAGGCCCUGGGCAGCCAUGAGUACAUUCAGUACUGCCGCAAGUUUGACAUUGACAUCCGGCUACAGCUGAUGGAGCAGAAAUCCAUACGCAGCGACCUGGCCCGGACGGUGAAUGAUGACCAGAGCCCCUCCACUUUGAACUACCUCGUCCACCUGCAAGAGAGGCCAGUCAAGCAGACCAUCAGCAGGCAGGCCCUGAGUCUUCUGUUUGACACUUACCACAACGAGGCGGAUGCCUUCCUGCUGGCUGACGGGGACUUCCCGCUGAAGGCUGACAGGGUGGUCCAGUCCGUCAAGGCCAUCUGCAACGCCCUGGCGGCCGUGGAGACGCCCGAGAUCACCAGUGCUCUCAACCAGCUGCCCCCCUGCCCCUCCCGCGUGCAGCCUAAGAUUCAGAAGGACCCCACUGUCUUGGCUGCCAGGGAAAACCGAGAGAAGGCCAUGGAGGCCCUGACCGCGGCCAUCCUGGACCUGGUGGAGCUGUACUGCAACACGUUCAACGCAGACUUCCAGCCGGCGGUGCAGGGCAGCCACAAGCACGACCUGGUGCAGGAGGCCUGCCUCUUCUCCGGGCCGCUGGCCUUCACGGUCUACGCCGCCCACCGCAUCCCCAUCACCUGGGCUGCCAGCUAUGAAGACUUCUACCUCUCCUGCUCCCUCAGCCAUGGUGGCAAGGAGCUGUGCAGCCCCCUGCAGACCCGAAGGGCUCACUUCUCCAAGUACCUCUUUCACCUCAUCAUCUGGGACCAGCGGAUCUGCUUCCCAGUGCAGGUGAACCGGCUGCCCCGGGAGACGCUGCUGUGCGCCACGCUCUACGCUCUGCCCACCCCCCCACCCGGGAGCUCCUCCGAGGCCGUGAAGCAGCGGCGGGUGCCUGAGGCCCUGGGCUGGGUCACUACCCCUCUCUUCAACUUCAGGCAUGUCCUGACCUGUGGCCGGAAGCUCCUGGGCUUAUGGCCAGCAACGCAGGAAAACGCCAGUGCCCGCUGGAGCACACCUAAUUUCCACCAGCCCGACAGCGUCAUCCUGCAGAUCGACUUCCCCACCUCGGCCUUUGACAUCAAGUUCACCAGCCCCUCUGGAGACAAGUUCAGCCCCUGCUAUGAGUUUGGCAGCCUUCGGGAGGAAGACCAGCGCGCGCUUAAAAACAUCAUGCAGAAGGAGUCCCUGUACUGGCUCGCUGAUGCUGACAAGAAGCGCCUGUGGGAGAAGCGGUAUUAUUGCCACUCGGAGGUGAGCUCGCUUCCCCUGGUGCUGGCCAGCGCCCCCAGCUGGGAGUGGGCUUGCCUGCCCGACAUCUAUGCCCUCCUGAAGCAGUGGACCCACAUGAACCACCAGGAUGCCCUGGGGCUCCUGCAUGCCACCUUCCCGGACCAGGAGGUGCGGCGCAUGGCGGUGCAGUGGAUCGGCUCGCUGUCGGAUGCCGAGCUGCUCGACUACCUGCCCCAGCUGGUGCAGGCCCUGAAGUACGAGUGCUACCUGGACAGCCCCUUGGUGCGCUUCCUGCUGAAACGGGCCGUCUCUGACUUGAGAGUGACUCACUACUUCUUCUGGUUGCUGAAGGACGGCCUCAAGGACUCCCAGUUCAGCAUCCGUUACCAGUACCUGCUGGCAGCCUUGUUGUGCUGCUGCGGCAAGGGGCUGAGGGAGGAGUUUAACCGCCAGUGCUGGCUCGUCAACACCCUGGCCAAGCUGGCCCAGCAGGUCCGGGAGGCCACGCCAUCUGCACGGCAGGGGAUCCUCCGCACGGGCCUGGAAGAGGUAAAACAGUUCUUUGCCCUCAAUGGCUCCUGCCGCCUGCCCCUCAGCCCCAGUCUUCUGGUAAAGGGCAUCGUGCCCAGGGACUGUUCCUACUUCAACUCCAAUGCCGUCCCCCUCAAGCUCUCCUUCCAGAAUGUGGAUCCGCUGGGGGAGAACAUCAGAGUCAUCUUCAAGUGUGGGGAUGACCUUCGUCAGGACAUGCUCACCCUGCAGAUGAUCCGCAUCAUGAACAAGAUCUGGGUCCAGGAGGGGCUGGACAUGCGCAUGGUGAUUUUCCGCUGCUUCUCCACCGGAAGGGGGAGAGGGAUGGUGGAGAUGAUCCCUAAUGCUGAGACCCUGCGCAAGAUCCAGGUGGAGCACGGGGUGACCGGCUCCUUCAAGGACCGGCCUCUGGCCGACUGGCUGCAGAAGCACAACCCUGGGGAGGACGAGUACGAGAAGGCCGUGGAGAACUUCAUCUAUUCCUGUGCCGGCUGCUGCGUGGCCACGUACGUCUUGGGCAUCUGUGACCGACACAAUGACAACAUCAUGCUGAAGACGACCGGCCACAUGUUCCACAUAGAUUUUGGCCGCUUCCUGGGCCACGCCCAGAUGUUUGGCAACAUCAAGAGGGACCGUGCCCCCUUUGUCUUCACCUCGGAUAUGGCGUAUGUCAUCAACGGGGGCGACAAGCCUUCCAGCCGCUUCCAUGACUUUGUUGACCUUUGCUGCCAAGCCUACAACUUCAUUCGAAAGCACACCCACCUCUUCCUCAACCUUCUGGGCCUGAUGUUGUCCUGUGGGAUCCCUGAGCUCUCAGACCUGGAGGACCUCAAGUAUGUGUAUGAUGCCCUGAGGCCUCAGGACACAGAGGCCAAUGCCACUACCUACUUUACUAGGUUGAUUGAGUCCAGCUUGGGCAGCGUCGCCACCAAGCUCAAUUUUUUCAUCCAUAACCUGGCCCAGAUGAAGUUCACGGGCUCAGACGACCAGUUGACCCUUUCCUUUGCCCCCCGCACGCACACUCUGCAGCGCUCUGGCCGCCUCAGCGACGUCUUUCUCUGCCGCCAGGAGAAGGUCUUCCACCCCAACAAGACCUACAUUUAUGUGGUAAAGGUGAUGCGAGAGAAUUCUCAUGAGGCCACUUACAUCCAGCGGACGUUUGAGGAGUUCCAGGAGUUACACAAUAAGCUGCGGCUGCUCUUCCCGUCUUCUCUCUUGCCCAGCUUCCCGACUCGCUUCCUGAUUGGCCGCCCGAGGGGAGAGGCGGGGGCCGAGCGGCGGAGGGAGGAGCUGAACGGCUACAUCUGGCACUUGAUCCGCGCCACCCCAGAGGUGGCCGAGUGUGAUUUGGUAUACACCUUCUUCCACCCUCUGCCGCGGGAUGAGAAGGCUGCGGGCACCAGCCUGGCCCCCAAGUCCUCAGAGGGCUCUUGGGCCCAGCCCGUGGAGAAGGUGGGAGGGGAGGUGAAGCUGUCCAUCUCCUACAAAAACAAUAAACUCUUCAUCAUGGUGAUGCAUAUUCGGGGCUUGCAACUGCUCCAGGACGGGAAUGACCCUGACCCCUAUGUGAAGAUUUACCUCCUUCCUGACCCUCAGAAAACCACUAAGAAGAAAACCAAAGUGGCCCGGAAAACCUGCAACCCCACCUACAAUGAAAUGCUGGUGUAUGACGGGAUCCCCAAGGGAGACCUGCAGCAGCGGGAGCUCCAGCUGAGUGUGCUGAGCGAGCAAGGAUUCUGGGAGAACGUUCUCCUCGGCGAGGUGCACAUCCGCCUGCGGGAGCUGGACCUGGCCCAGGAGAAGACCGGCUGGUUCGCACUGGGAUCUCGGAGUCACGAGGCCUCAUGAGCCCAGCAAGGGCCCCGGCCUGGGCCCCGGGCUGGUGGUGGAGCCGCGGGAGAGGACUCCUCCUGGGUGACCGGUCCUCUCCUUGGGGAGAGGCAGGGCCUGUAGCAGGCCUCGCUGCCGUCCAGGGGAAGGGGCCUCUGUGGCGGGAGGCGGGGCGCUGCCGUCCCCUCCGCUGCAGAAGGAGUUUGAGUGGGUUGUGAUGAGCAGUCCCGUGGAGGCUGUGAGGUUGCAGCAAAGUUUUAAGUUUACCUUGUGUCAAGGGAGCA